AUGGGAGGGCGGAAUGACGGGAGGCGUCUCCACGGCAAUGGCGAAUUGCGUGAACGCUCCAGCUUCAUCCGAAGCCGAAGUCUCCGCACUCAUCCUCGAAGGGCAGGUUUGGCGGUCGCCAUGGUGACCGGGAAGCCCAGCCACGCCCCCGUGAGACCGCCCGAAGGAAAGCGGGGGCAGGGCGCUGUGUCCGGAUUCCUCUGGGGAUCACUUACGGGGGAGAGGGGCCCUGGACGCCGCGUCGGCCCGCAGCACCACCGAGAGGGCCGUCCCGGGCGGCCGGAGCAGCCCAGUCAGGGCGCCGCCGAGGGACUAGCGGCCGGACUCCCUGCACCUGGGUUCAUAGUCACGAACUGUUGGGAUGGCCAGUGCCCGUGGACAGGUGGGACGCACGCCGCUUGCUCCUCAGGAAACUCGCGUUGUUCCCCGCGUCCGUUCUUGCGAAGCCGCGAUGUGCACAUCCUGAUCCCACAGCCUGUGACUGUGUCACUUCACAUGGCAAGAGAGACUAUGAGACCCUACAGCCAGGACGCCGUGUUGGGGGCUGGCCCCAGGAUGGAGGCUCGGGCUCAGAGCUCCAGGCAGGAGGCAUCCCCAAGCCAGAGCCCAGGAGGCCGACAGGGGACAGGAGAGCCCCCAGAUGGAGCCGAGGCCUGUGGCAGAGGCUCCAGCAAAGAGACGCCUGUCUCAGAAGGGAGAUCUGCACGGAGGGACCGCAGGUGGCCAGACGACUCCCCACGGCAGAGGCUCCUGGGGCCAGGGACGCGGCGUGAGCCCAGCCCAGGCACCCGUCAAAGCGCAGGGGCAGGACUCCUGGUGCAAGAGCCAAACGGCCCCACCUCCUCUCGGGACCCUGACCUGGUCCCUCCCCAGGGGCUGCAGGCUGAGGAGGGCUCCUGCAGCGGGGAACCGGGCGCGGCGCUGGCUCGCGGCUCGCCCCUCCGUGCGCCUCCUCGGCGGUCCCCCCGUAGCAUCCCUUCCUCCGGCUCCUUCGUGCCUCCACCCAUCCCUGGUCUUGGCCCUCGGCCUGGGCGGUGCCACCACUGCUUCCCCCACCGAGUCAUUUGUGCUCAGGCCGCCACCCCCCGCGGGGUCCCCCUCCGCCCAAGCAUGCAAUCCCACCCUCGCCUGCUUGCUGCGGCCCAAGCCCAGCUCCCCCUGGGACCAAAGCCCUCGUGGGGCAUCCUCUGCGCAGCGUGCCCCCCCUUCAUCCACUCUGUAUUUUUUCGCCCCGUGCCACGUAGGUGAGAGCCCAGGCUUUGGGGGCUGGAGGGAGACACAAAUAGUCACCUGGGCCUCGUCGGCUGAGAGCCCAUUGUUGGGGGUGUGGGAGACGGCCCGCCGGGAAGGUGACCUCUGACGUCUGACCUGACCAUCACACGUGAGUAGGCAUUCCGGGUGGGAAAUCGGAGGACCAGAGAGAAGGCCCAGGGGGUGGGUGCGAGGACGGUGCGCAGGAGGAGGGGGAAGGCCGGCGGGAAGGGCCUGCAGGGGCGUGGGUGCCGUCCCGGGACGCCGGACUCCCAGGCCAGGGACCCCACCGGCGCGACAGGGGGCCGGGCGGCCCCGAAGCACAGUGCCGGCUGGAGGGUCGGUCCUGCCGGGGUUCAUCUUCAGCGGGUGCAGCCCCUGGGGUCAGAUCUUCUGGUCCUGCAAGGCACAAAUGGAAAUUGUCAUUGAAUUCUGGUGACUCCUUUACACUUUUAUUUUGAGAUAAUUGUAAAUUCACCUGCUAUAAGAAGUAAUACAGGGGCGCCGCCGGCCUCGCAGGGAGGGGCACCCGGGGGUUGCAGGCCGCACACGCGCCGGAGCCAGGAGCCCCGGCCGCCGCCGAGUCCCACCAGACCGGCACCCGAGCAAGUGAAGAGGUUAAAGAUUUCUGCCACAUCAAGAAAUGGAAAAUACAGACGUCCGAAGGUAUCUAUUGAAAAUGAGAAACUUGUGAUUGGACCAUGCAGUCGAGACAGCGACCGUGGGGUUACACAGUAGGGUGAGGGCCUCCAGAAAAAAAAGGGAAGCAGGUUAAUCACAGUCUGAACAAUGUAACAAUGUGCAAAGAAAUCCCUACCAGAACUCCGUGUUAAACAUUAAGUCAGGGUCACAUUAAUUCUCUAAACAAAAAUAUCAAACUAGGAAUAUAAGCAUUCUUCAGUGAGAUUAGUUAAACCUAAAAAGCCAGGGUAACUUGGCCUGGAAUGUUUGAACAUCCCCCAGAUAAGAAAAUACCUCAGCAUAGCCCAUGCCUUCAUUGUGUCAAUUAAAUGAGGCUAUUGUAAGAUUUACUUAAGCGGCUAAAAGGGCCAGCCUAUUUUUUAAAUUUUAUCCAGAUGCUGCUUUUCCUCUUCCAGCCCUAAUCAAAUAAUCUGCAAGCUGGGCAGUCGAUUUGGCAAGCAAGCCCAGUUAUAAGCAACAUAGUAAAAACAGGAAGGAUUCCAUCUUAAUGAUAAGAUUGCAUUUUAAAACCCAAGAAGUUAAUAAGGAAGUUUCUUAACAUACUCUGUAACAAACAGACAACUCAGUCCACCGUGGGCGCAGGGCAGGCAGUCUUGAUUGAUGCUCUCCCAGACCAAGCGGCUCUACUGGGAGUGAAUCAGAGCAGUAAAUUCCUGGUGUUAAGCUAAAUUGGCAGAACAACCCAGAGGACUGACAAGAAACUUAAUGUCUCUUCAAAGAUAAACAUUUUGGGACCAUUUAGCAGGUCUGCAUCCCUAGCCCUUUGUCACUCAACUGCUCAUAAAUCCCCUAAACAAUGCACCACCUUGGGCUUUCUUGUCCCAGAAGCUCUGUCCUCUCACUUUAUCUCUAAAUAAAAGCCUCUCCCUGGCUCUCCUUCCUUGAGUGUUUGCUAAAUUCAUUCUGUGACUCCGUGAACAAGAACCCCUGCAUCAUAGUCAGCCUUCAGAUUCAAAGGAUUAUGAUUCCUUUGUUUUACCCCUGCUGGAGGACGAACAACCAUGCUUUAUAUUAUUCAGAUUAGAUACCAAAAAUGCCCGGGGAUAUGAAUGGAUAUUCAUUGGGUGGUCUCCAGAUCAUUCUCCAGAUCAUCAAAAAAUGUUGUACGCAGCAACAAAAGCCACUCUGAAAAAGGAGUUUGGAGGUGGUCACAUUAAAGAUGAAGUAUUUGCAACAGUAAAGGAAGAUGUAUCAUUACAUGGAUAUAAAAAAUAUUUGCUAUCACAACCUCUCCUGCCCCAUUGACUGCAGCUGAGGAAGAAUUAUGACAGAUUAAAAUUAAUGAGAGAACAGUGAUGACUAAAGUGGAUAAAAUGUAAAUGCUAAGAUGUUUAGGAUUUCUAGAAGCGCUAUGGAUGGGUGCAGAGUGACAUGGGUGUGGACACUAAGCAUCAGACGCUACAAGGAGUAGCAUUUCCAAUUUCUUUAGAAGCUUUUCAGACUUUGGAAAAAAAUGAGUAACAGCUCAACUAUGUGCAACCGGAAAUAAAUAUAAAAAAUGAAGUCAUAAUUUUGGCCAACACAACAAAUACAGAACUGAAAGAUUUGCCAAAGAGGGUCCCCAAGGACUCAGCAUGUUACCAUUUCUUUCUGUACAAACACUGCCAUGAAGGAAA